AUAAUAUGUAAGAUAUCAGAUCAUCAGAAUCUGAUUCGAAAUGGCGGAAAGUCAUGCAUGGCAGCUAUAUGUAGCUGUGUGUGUUUGUUACCCUUUGGCAUUUAUCGGGGUGUCAUUAAGAACUUAUGUCAGGUACUUUAUGCAGAAGGUUAUGGGAUGGGAUGAUUGGUUGAUGAUACUCAGUUUGGCCGUUUAUACCAUGUACACGAGUUUCGUUUUAACAGGAUUACACUAUGGAACCGGACGACAUCAAGUGGAUCUGGAGGAAAGUGAUUUCCUAUGGGCAAUUAGAUACUGGUAUUUCAGCGAAUGGGCUUAUGUCGUGGCGAUGACUAUAAUAAAAACUGCCAUCGCUCUUUUCUACCUCCGAAUUAUGGUUAUCCCCUGGCAUCGAGUCGCUGUAAAAGUCAUUAUGUGGAUUGUGAUACUCUUCGGCUUUGUGUAUUUCUGGUGCGUGGUUAUACAAUGCUGGCCUAUACCUUACAUUUGGGAACGAUACGCCACGACUCUUGAUAGAAGUACGGGAAAUUGUUUGCCUAGAGGAAUCGUUUUGGGUGGAACGUAUUUGCAUAGUAUUAUAAGUGCUGGAAGUGAUUGGGCCUUGGCUUUACUGCCAAUUGUCAUGUUGUGGAAUGUGCAGAUGCCAACUGGUAUAAAACUUAUCGUCGGGGGAAUUGUCGCGUGUGGUGUUAUUGCUAGCACAGCAACCAUCAUUCGUAUUCCCACUGUUUCAACUAUAUUGGAUCGUGAGGAUUUCCUUUUCAAAAGCAUCCCCCUAGCCGUUUGGUCGACCGUUGAACCUGGAAUGGCUAUAUUCGCCGCGUCUCUCGCUACUCUCCGACCACUACUUCGAAGAAUCUUCCCCAAUCAUUUCCGAAACGCUGCAAUUCCAUCACUACCAUCAUUGAGAAUCCCCACAAAUCUGGCGAGGAAGGUAGAACCGUCAGAUGAUGUCGAGAUGGGAACUAACACGGCAUGCUACAGCGAGCCAAGACCUGGGCAGACUUCAGAAGAAAGCCUGGAGACUAUACAAAUUCAUUUGGAUGACCGCAUUGAGCUCGGUAGAAGUACAAGUAAAUCAAUGGAAAUUUACGAGGAGUCUCCAGGUCUUGAUUCGAGUUCAGAGGGGAGUCAUGAUUUGGAAUCAAAGGGGAGUGAUGACGAAAUGAUGGAAUUGUCGUAUACCUCUCGGGGACCAUCUCUACGUCUCGCGCCAUUAGUUUUCUCUCCAACAUGUCUCUCGCACACAAUUCCUUCGCCAUCAACACUUUCACCUUCACAUGUCGCGUCGUGUAUGAGGGACAGUCAGUACAACAGGAAUUCGAAGGUAGUCAUCCCGUCUUCGCCUAUUUGAAGCGGUUUCGAAAUCUUUACACAAUCAAAAGUAUAAAAGCUGAGUAUGAGUACAUUCCUGUACUCAAUCAUACACACAAUGUGAUCUAGGAUUGAUGUCUGGGUAUCGGACAUGGAUAAAAUGUCAGACGGGUCCCAAAUCAAUCGAAAGACACUCCAACGAGAUGCCAAACGCUGGUUUGAAUACCUUUAAUCACUGAAGACACAACAAAGGUGUUGAACCUAAAUUGAGAAUCAAAGGUGGAAAUGCAAGAGGAGCACAUAAAAGCAGGAUUCCGUCCUCCACACAACGCAGAUGGAUCAAUGGGAGACCCUUUCUGCGGCACGCCAAUCACUAUCUGCGGAUUCCAUGCCCACAUUCUAAUUUAAUCUCGCCUAAUAUUAGCAGAGCACAUCGAUAUUUUUACAUCAUUUCGGUUUGAAAGACAAUAGAAUCAGACUGACAGAUCGAUCCUGCAAAAUGGACAUGGCCUUUGCGGGUUGGGGUGGAAGAUGGUGUAAACGCAAUAGGUUGAAGAGAGAAAGAGCAUGAUUGGUGGGGCUCAAUGGUGUAAUGAAAAGUGUUCGGAGUAAGAAAAGAACACAUAUACGGCAUGAUGUUGGGAUAUUGUCAGAAUUUCGCCGCUUGAGGCUCACUCCUUGGGUGUGGGGUUGCAAUGGCAAGAGCCGAGGCCUGAACUUCUUUAAUCCUCUAUGAUUAAAUCUGUAUCAAGAUACCAAACGUAUUAACAUGAGAAUGAU